AUGAAAUUCGGCAAGGACUUCAAGAAACAAAUGGUGCCCGAGUGGGCAGAAGCCUAUAUGGACUAUAAUGGCCUCAAGAGGAUACUGGGGGAGCUGAGAGAGUACAAGCAAAGUAAGCAGCACCCUAGUGUGACAUCCCCUAGAGAUUUUGAGCAGAAAUCGUCUCUUAGCGGAACAUUGGGUGGAGGAAGAGAUGUCGAGGAUCAAGUAAUAGAUGUGAACACAUUACGCCGGGAUGGUUCCAAGCAGUUUUACAUGACCAAAUUCCUGAGGCAGUCAGAGGAAGGAGGAGAACUUGAGGUGACAUUCUUCACAAAACUUGACGAAGAGCUCAACAAGGUGAAUACAUUUUACAAGGGCAAAUUUGAGGAGGUGAAGCAGGAAGCAAGUCUGUUAAAUAAACAAAUGGAUGCUUUGGUUGCACUGAGGAUUAAGGUGAAGAAUCGACAUCAAGAUAGCUCAAGUUCAGGGAGGCGUGACUGUGUUGAUAUUACAAUGCCUCUUACAAGGAAUACAAGCGCAGCUGAUACUUCAGGUACAUGUGAACUACCCUUAAUUCAACAACAAUGCCAAAUUGGAGAAGUUGAGCAUAUGAGACAGUUAAUCGAGUUCAAACAUGAUAAUAGCAGAGAGGUGUUCCAUACCUAUGACUAUAACCGAGAUCCCCUGGAAGUUCUUGAGGGUGUGAGAAUUAUUCAUACACUUGAAUCUCCAAUAUCAACCAUAAAAGGUGUUUUUAAGGACUCGAAAGAAGAACAUUUGAGCUUUGACAAAGAUGAGCUAAGGGGAGUGGAAGAACGACUGAGGGUGGCAUUUAUUGAAUUUUACCAUAAGCUUCGGCUUCUAAAGCACUAUAGUUUUAUGAACCUCUCUGCAUUUUCCAAGAUUAUGAAGAAGUAUGAAAAGUUCUCAUCAAGAAGAGCUUCCAGGUCAUACAUGCAGAUAGUAGAUAACUCUGAUCUUGGCAACUCUGAUGAGGUUACUAACCUCAUGGGGAGGGUGGAGGCUACCUUCAUCAAGAUUUUUUCCCACUCAAAUCGUAGAAAAGGUAUGAAGUUACUGAGGCCAAAAGCAAAGACAGAGAAGCACAAAGUAUCGUUUUUAUCGGGUUUCUUUUCCGGUUGCUCAAUUGCUCUACUGGUUGCUAUUGUAUUAAGAAUACAAGCUCAAAAGCUAAUGGAUAAAAAGGAUGGGACACAGUAUAUGGAAAAUAUUUUCCCUCUUUACAGUUUAUUUGGAUACAUUGUCCUACAUUUGCUUAUGUUUUCUGCUGAUAUAUACUUCUGGAGGCGUUAUCGGAUAAACUAUCCAUUUAUAUUUGGUUUGAAGAGAGGAACUGAGUUGAGUUACCGAGAAGUUUUCCUUCUUAGCACUGGUCUUGCCUUACUUGCAUUGGGUGGUUUCCUAGCAAACAUAUACUUGGCAAUGGACUUGUCUGGUAGACAUUACAAGACACUCAAUCAGAUGAUUCCUCUCGGCUUACUUAUUUUAAUCCUUGUCAUCACUUUCUGCCCUUUCAACAUUAUAUACCGUUCAAGUCGUUUCUUCUUUACUUGGACCUUAUUCCGCUGCAUAUGUGCCCCUCUUUACCCGGAAACAUUCCCAGACUUUUUCUUGGCAGAUCAGCUUACUAGCCAGAUGCAAGCCUUAAGAAGUUUUGUCUUAUAUAUCUGCUACUAUGGUUUGGGAGAAUCUUCAAGGCGGCAAAGAAAGUGCCAUAAGCAUGGCGUCUACAAUUCUUUGUAUUUUGUUAUUGCUGUCAUACCAUAUUGGAUGCGCUUCCUACAGUGCAUUCGUCGACUGUGUGAAGAAAAGGAUUUGAAACACUUGUGCAAUGGUUUAAAGUACCUUUCGACGAUUGUUGCAGUUAUCAUAAGAACUAUAUAUGAGCUACAUAAAGGAAAGACCUCAUGGAUGGUGUUAGCUUUGUUAAGCUCUGCUGUUGCAACAAUGAUGAAUACAUAUUGGGACAUUGUAGUAGACUGGGGACUACUACAAAAGCAAUCAAAGAACAGAUUUUUGAGAGAUAGACUUCAAGUUCCACACAAAAGCAUAUACUUUGCAGCAAUGAUCUUGGAUGUAAUAUUACGACUAGCUUGGAUACAGUUGGUGUUGGAAUUUAGAUUGCCAUCCCUUCAUAAAAUGACAGUAACAACCAUCUAUGCCUGCCUAGAGAUCAUCCGUCGUGGCAUGUGGAGCUUUUUCAGGUUAGAGAAUGAGCACCUAAACAACGUAGGUCAGUACCGCGCCUUCAAGUCAGUCCCUCUUCCUUUCAGUUACAAUGAUGAGGAUGACGACAAGGAGGACUGA